AUGAGGACUUUCACCACUUCUCUGUGUCUAAUACUGGUUGUCUGGAUGGUAGAUGUAGCCUCAGAAAAGUCCAGGAUCCGUCAAAAGAGAGCCUGGAUUAUAACAUCUUUUGAUAUCGAGGAGGAGUACCAGGGGAAUUUCCCUUACUUAGUGGGACGUGUGGAUGUUGAUUGGAAACUCAUGGCAAAUUUUAUGAUCGAUGGGAAAGGUGUCGAUGAAGAACCCAGGGGCAUUUUCUCCAUUGAUAAAAACACAGCAGAGAUGUUUGUGCACAAGCGAAUUGACUUUGAGUCACAUCAGCGUUUUCUUCUGAAAUUUUAUGCUACAAAUAAAACCACUGGCAGAGUGAACACAGAACUUGGAAUGGAAAUCAACAUAUUAGAUAUCAAUGACCAUGCACCCCAGUUUUCAAGGGCACUUUAUGAGACCCACAGGAUGGAGAGCACUUCUCAGGGUGAGACACUGGUCACUGUGUAUGCAUCCGAUGACGAUGACAGCAGUACUUGCAAUGGAACCUUUUCUUUUAGAAUCAUCAGUGUCUAUCCAGAGACCACCAAUGCUGAAUUCUAUAUAGAUCAAACAAAAAACUCUCAACAUGGAGCAAUAUCUUUUAAAGGAUGUUUGGAUUAUGAGGAAGCGCAGAAAUAUACCAUCCUGGUUGAAGCAAAGGAUCAUGGAGACAAAGUACAACUAUCCAGCACAAGUACAGUAUUAGUCAACGUUAUUGACAAAAACAACCAUUUACCUGAGAUUCUUGGACAAACAGGUCCAGGAAAGAUUAAAGAAAGAGAGAUGGGGGUUGAGGUUCUUCGAAUCCAAGUAACGGACAAAGACAGCCAUGGUUCACCAGCAUGGAAAGCCAAAUACACCAUUCAUGGUGACAAGGGAGAAUAUUUUAAGAUUGAAACAGACCCAGAAACCAAUGAAGGGAUUCUAACUGUUCAAAAGUUAAUAGAAUACAAUGAAGUCACUGAGAAAAACAUAUCAAUCAGUGUGGAGAAUGUGGAGCCCUACCUUUCCUGCAGGGUUAGAAAACGCGUGAAGGAUAGUAAAUGGGAUGUGGAGACCAGCAUAAAAGAAACCAGACCCAAGCUCUAUCCAGUCACCAUCACUGUUGAUGAUGUCAAUGACCCACCCAUAUUCAUUCCAGCUGUCAAACAUGUAGAGGUGAUGGAAAACCCAGGUGUGGGUUUUCUGCUAGAGACAUUCACAGCCAAAGACAUGGACAGGAUAAACUCUAAUACAUUUCGAUUCUUAAAAGGACAUGAUCCAGCAGAUUGGGUAACUGUGGAUUCAAAGACUGGACGAGUCGUCACUGCAAAAGUUUUGGACAGAGAGUCAUCCUUUGUGAACAACAGCACAUACAUAGUUACCUUGUAUGCAGUUGAUUAUGGUGAGCCACCAAUGACAGGCACAGGAACUCUGAUUAUUCACAUUAAAGACCAGAAUGAUAAUGUGCCAGUUCUUUCUGAAAAUAAACUGAACAUGUGUCUGUCUGAUGAACCCAUAAGAACCAAACUCAGUGCUGUAGACCCAGACCUUCCACCCUACAGUGGGCCAUUCCUCUUCGAACUCAUAGGGGAUGUGGAGGGGAAAUGGAGAAUUGAUCCUAGCUAUGGCACGACGGUGGACUUGAUCAAGGACAGCACAGUGUAUGCAGGGCAUCAUGAGCUGUUGGUGAGAGUCUCAGACAAUCAGGGACAUGAAUCACUACAGAACCUCUCAGUUACUGUGUGUGACUGUUCUGAGACACCCACCUGUCACAUCAGGCGGAGUUCUACAUCAAAGAUGGGUGGAGGCUCUGUUGGCAUCAUCAUCCUUGCCCUGCUGAUGCUGCUGGUGUUCAUGUUCAUGGCUAUUCUGACCUCCUGUGAAAAGAAAGUUUACACCACAGAGGAUGGUCCUGGGAUGCAUUUGCUGAUAUCGAAUAUUGAGGAACCAGGAACAGACUGUGGGGUAAGCAGAGAUAGUAAAUAUGAUCACAACAAGGCAUCAAAACUCCACAUUCUCCGUGGCCCAGGGGAGGAGCUUGGUGAUUAUGCUCCUCAUGUCUAUGCAGAGGAGGGAGAAUCUGUGCCUGAUGCCCAUUUGGAUGUCAUCUCCAUACCAGAGAGUGAUUUUGGUUCAGUCAAGCUUAGGUAUCUGGGCCAGAGAUUCAACACCCUCGCAUCCAUAUGCAGAGCAGAUGUCACAGGGAAGAAGUAG